UCGAGGUUGUGGGUGCCUGGGAGGGGACACCCGGCCGCCCGGCCGCGGGCGUCUCAGCGAUGUUUUACUCAGGGCUCCUCACCGAGGGCGGCCGCAAGGAGACAGACAUGCGGGAAGCGGCGUCCCUGCGGCAGCAGCGCCGGAUGAAGCAGGCGGUGCAGUUCAUCCACAAGGACUCCGCCGACCUGCUGCCCCUGGACGGCCUCAAAAAGCUGGGCUCGUCCAAGGACACGCAACCUCAUAACAUUCUGCAGAGGCGCCUCAUGGAAACCAACCUGUCGAAGCUCCGAAGCAGUCGUGUCCCUUGGGCCUCUAAGACCAACAAAUUCACUCAGGCUAAGUCUGAAGGGCUAAAGAAGUGUGAAGAUGACGACAUGAUUGUAGUGCCUUGCCAGUGUGCUGGGAAGGACGUGAAAGCUUUAGUUGACACUGGUUGUCAAUAUAAUCUCAUCUCCUCAGCCUGUGUGGACAGAUUGGGACUAAAGGACCAUGUCAAAUCUCACAAGCAUGAAGGAGAAAAGCUUUCUCUACCACGGCAUCUCAAAGUAGUAGGUCAGAUUGAGCACCUGCUGAUUACAGUGGGCUCUCUCCGUCUGGAUUGCCCAGCAGCUGUGGUUGAUGACAAUGAAAAGAGCUUGUCGCUUGGUCUCCAGACUCUUAGAUCCCUGAAGUGUAUCAUAAACUUGGACAAGCACCGGCUGAUUGUGGGGAAGACAGAAAAAGAAGAAAUCCCUUUUGUGGAGAUGGUUUCUAUGAAUGAUGACAACACUUCAGAAGCAUAAUUGCAGCCUGACACGUGUGUGUGCAUGCACACACACACCAGGGUAACAGACUGAGGAAACUGGGUUCGAACUAAAUACAGUAGCAACUUGCUGUGGACCAAGUCCUUCCCUCCAGCACAUCCUGCAGGGGCUUCUUCCCACCCAGACCUUUCUAGACUAUAGUCUGUGCUUAGAGAUCUUGUCUGCUUAAUGGCUUAAUGGUUAAACAGACAUUGUUUUUUACUCUUUAAAUAUUUAAUUUAUAGACCUUUUUUGACACUGCCAGGUCUUAUUUGUGGCCUAUUUCUCCGCUUCCAAGAAUUUGCUUUUUAUUAAUCAAUCCAGUGUAGGAGCUGCCAGGUUCUACUUCUCCAUAGAUAACACUUGCUUUUUGAAAAUAUUAAAAUAUAUAGUAAAUAGGAACUUCCUUUCAGCUGUUUCAAAGGGUGUAGAAACAUGUCUUGACUUUAGAAUCUCUUCUUAUGUAAUUGAUUUUUCCAGUGUGAACUGAUCUGAAAGAUGUUUCAGAGAGGUCAUCUGGUACAGUCAUUUAAUUUAAACACAAGAACAGGUAAAUGACUUGUCUAAAGUCACAUAUUAAGUCAGUGGUAGAAGACAGCCAGAAUCCAGGCCUGAUAACCAGACCAAGGCUCUUAUGCUGCUUCGUUUGUUUUCCAGCCUUAAGAGGAAGGCAGGAGGGUUAAGGUGCAGAAAAGGAGGGGUGAUGGAUGUGGCUCAGCGGUGGCCUUCUUGUCUAAUGUGCCAGGUGGUCCUGGGUCCAGUCACAGCACUAGAGAUGGAGAGAGGGCUUGCUGAGUAAGAGUCUUGCUGUACAAGCAAGAAGACUGCCAUCGGGACCCAGUGCCCAGGCAAAAGCUGGGCAUCGUCCUGCACACCUGCGAUGCCACAGUUGACAGGAUAACCAGUGAGAGAGGGAGAGACAGGAAGAGGUGGGGAAUGGAAGGGGGUGUCUCCAGAGGAGACCUCAAAGGAACCAAGUGAAGUGUGGGAGAGGACUAGAGGGCACCCACAUGUUCCUCUGGCCUCUGAGAGUGUGCACAGGUGCACAGCUCCAUGCACUCAUACAAAUUCCUACACACACUCACAGACAUGGACACACACUCCAGGAAAAAGAUAACAGGGGACAAAAACAGGCUAUGAAGAUGAGUCAGUCUCUCAGUAAGCAAGAGAAAAAAGAAACCACAGAUAGGAAGGGAUAAUAUUAUUAGUUCCUGAGAUACCACUGACAAUGUAGUUGUCACUGUGGGAUAUUGAUUACCCCCAAGAACCAGUCAGAAUUUCUGUCUGUCUUGUUACAUGUCACAUAGACUCAAGUAGCUAGAAGUAGAGAUAGGGAAAGGAAAAAUAAAAACCAAAGUAGGCCAGAAUAGAAGGAGGAGACUGAGGAGCACGCUGCGUGGGAAACCCUGCCCAGGAGACUUUCCUGGGGUUGGAAUGUGGAGUGAAGCCUCCAGGCAGGGAAGUAAAAACUGGCAAGACUCGGACAAGGGAAGAAGAAAGGCAGCUGGCAGCAUAAGAACCAUUAACGGCCGGGAGUAGCAUGUGCCUUUAGUGCCAGCACCCCGAAGGCUGAGGCAGAGGCGGGCGGCUAUGAGUACGAGACCAGCCUGAUCUACAUAGUGAGUUCCAGGCCAGACAGGGAAACAGUCUCAAAAGACAAAAUAAAAUAAAAACAAAAAUAAACAAACCAAAAUAACCUUUAUUACUGCCCAGUACUUCCUGAUCUGACCCAUCUCAGUGGACUGGGGAAAUCAUGGGGCUGCUUUUUAAGCUCCCUGCCCUCCCCCACGCUAUCAUGUCUUCUCAGGCAUAGAGAUGCCUGUAGUGGAAUCUUCCUUUCAGUUCAGUUACAGAAAUACUUGACAAUUCAGAAAAAUAGCUAACUGUAAGUAAUCCUUCAAGAUAUUUCUAAGUCUACCCUUGGUUCAUAGCAGUUCUCAAACUUUGAAUCUUGUCAGGUAUCUAUCACCAGCUGUCCCAGCCUUCAGCCUGGCCAUGAGAGCCCCCUUGUGUGGGAGGAACAUGCUUGUUCCCGAGGCUCCCUCCCUCCAUCACUGUAGCAUAGCUGCCAGCUCUUCUUACAGGACAGAGGUGGAGAUGUCACCCUGAUUUCCCUACUUGAGAGCUCUACCUCAAGGCUUGGCUCUUGGCUGCAAAGGAAGCAUACUGCAGGCUCCUUCUAGAGUCUGUUUGGAUUUCCUGAGGGCCAGCAAGGCCAGGAAUUCCCAGGCAUCGAUUUCUGGCCUCUUUUAAUUCAGCACUAUAUGGUACCAGGAUAUAUAUGUUACCAGGAUAUAUAUGGUACCAUGGCCUUUAAUGUUUCCUUUUGUCUCUGAAAACCACUCAGUUGUUUUCUAAUUUGGGAAUAGAAACAAGAGGUUCACUCAGUUCAUUCACAUCAUCUGAAUCUUCUAACCAAAUUAUUUUAAUCCCUAGGCAUAACAGAGAUACCUAAAAUGGUUCAAGAUAAUUAUAGGAAGUCUUGGGGUUUAUUAGUGCUUUUUUUCUUUGUUUUUGAGACAGGAUCUUAUUAUGUGGGCUAGGCUGGCCUGAAACUCAAUAUGUAGAUGAGACUGGCCUCCAACUCAUGGAAAUCAGCCUGCCUGUGGCUCGGCAUUGAUGUUGGUUUUGUUUGUUUGUUUGUUUGUUUGUUUGUUUCCGAGACAGGGUUUCUCUGUGUAGUCCCGGCUGUCCUGGAACUCACUCUGUAGACCAGGCUGGCCUCGAACUCAGAAAUCCGCCUGCCUCUGCCUCCCAAGUGCUGGGAUUACAGGCGUGCGCCACCAGCACCCGGCUCAUCAUUGAUGCUUUUUAAAUGCUGCCAAGUUACUCUUAUAGUUUCUGUCUCCUCAGUGUUCACAAAGGGACACUGCCUUUGCUUUUGGGGGCUAGCAAAGUAUGGUCAAAGAAUUUUUCCUAGAUAGAAAAUGGCAGUGUUUCUUAGGGUGUAAGAAAGUGUCUACCGCAUCAUAGUUCUGAGUCCCUGGGAAGUAGUAGCAGACCUGUCUCAUUCCUUAAUAGACACCACAUCCAGGAAGUUGAAGAUACACAUCCAGGUUUUUCUACUUUCCUGGGAUAUCUUCUUUCCUUUUCCUUGCUUUGCACAUAGCCCACGAGCUUGGUUUUGUGUUCCUUUGCUCAGAGCACCGAUGGCCUGGGUUGCCUAGCUGCCCUUCCUCUUGUGUAGUACAAAUACCUUCAGGCUGGGGACAUGGAGGGAUGAACUGGAUUCCUCCCUCCUUCUGUUACCAGGUCUCUCUGCAUUAGCACUUUAUCUGCUCAGUAUUUCUGGCUGUACUGGGCUUAUUUGUGACACUGCUGUAUCAAUAAAGUGGACUUGUUCUCUG